AGUUUUCACCUAUUUUCAUGCUAAUAUGGCAGCGCCGUCGGGUGGAGGCGAUACGGAAGAGGUGACAUCAUCAUUUCAGUGCUGAUCUGUUAGGAGGGGGGAGUAAACACUCAUCACAGCUAUAACUGGCCAUGUACAGGUCUCGAGAUGGGUUGCUGUCGAUUUAAAGGCGUUGGCAAUGACCAGAUAAUUGCCUUGGGAGCUGCACUUCUCAAUAACUUCGUCUAUGAACGAGUUCGUCGCCAUGGAGACAGUGAAGCUGAAUUAACCCGAAGUCAGCUGGGUGGUGUCGAGCUGUGCGACCCCAGCCAUAAACGUCUUGCACAGUGUUUGCAGCAGAUUGGAGAUGAACUGGAUGGAAAUGUGCAGCUGCAAAGUAUGUUAAAUAACUCCACUCUUCAACCAACUCAAGAAGUCUUCAUGAAAGUGGCCCGUGAGAUCUUCUCUGAUGGGAAGUUCAACUGGGGCAGAGUGGUGGCGCUUUUCUACUUUGCGUGUCGGCUUGUCAUCAAGGCUAUUAUAACCAGGAUUCCUGACAUCAUAAGAACCAUCAUAAGCUGGACUAUGUCCUACAUUCAGGAACACGUUAUUAACUGGAUCAGGGAACAGGGUGGAUGGGAGGGAAUCCGCUCCUAUUUCGGAACCCCGACAUGGCAGACUAUUGGUGUUUUCCUGGCCGGGGUGCUCACCACAGUAGUGGUGAUCCGCAAAAUGUGAAAAGACUGGCAGGAAGGUGGAGAGCAAGAGAAGAGAGAGUUGAGACAACGAACCGAGUGAAACAGACCAGCAAAAGAGAACAGAAAAGAUGAGGGGGAAGAGGAGGGGAUCUGGAGUAGAGAUACAGAGAAAAAGACAAAUAAGAGAGUUGAAAAUGGCCUCAACUAAUCAAAAGAGAGAGAGAGAGAGAGAGAGAGAGAGAGGAGGAGGAGGAAAGAGAGAGAGUCAAGCAUGAUGCAGAUGUCUCGAGCCACUCUUGUUACUCCUGAGCUUGUGCUCUUUCUCAUCUACAACUUUAAACCUUGAUAACAUUUGCACUGAAAAUCAGAGAUUAAUGCGUAAGAGUUCAAGUUUAGGCUUGAUUUUAGCUAUUUAUUUUUAGUUUGGGCUUAUGGGUGUCUAGGUUAUAUACAGGACUGUAUUGGUAUUUGAUUUAAUCUGUUGAAAUUGUCUCAAUGCAGAAAUUUCUCAUAUUAAGUUAAGUUCUCAUAUUAUGUUAUUUUUAUUUUUUGUCCUACAGUCAAAAUUACAUGCGGUAAAUAGUUAUAAUAGUUUAUAAAUUGAAUUAUUAUUAUUAAUAGGCUAUAUUAUUAUUAUGAUAAAAGCAUAAUUGUGUCUGUCUUUUUUUAGCGCACUGUCAUCUGAAAGAGUAGGAAUGGGCUCAGACUGUAUUCUGCUGAUAUUUUAAUUUCCUAUCUCUUCCUCAUCCUCCUCGUCUUUUUUUCCACUGUCUCCUCUAGUUCUUCACGGUAGGGGCUACAAAAUGUCUGUAAAGUUGAUUGUACUUGAAGGUUUAGCCUCUUAAGAGUUCAUGAAAUGUUUGCAACCGAAUUUGAGAAGUGCAGCCAACCAAUCAGCACUCUGGUUCUGGUAUGUGGGCGUGUCUUUGUCAGCAAGCCCCUCCUACGACAGGGAUAGGCAAUACUAGUGACUCUUAAAUGCAGUGAACUUCUCUGAGCCAUGAUUAUCGUGUUUUUUACAGAACCAAAUAUUUUCUUUUUCAAAUUCCUUUUGGAUUCGACAAUCCAAAGACUUCAGAUGCAGGUGCAGAUUCUUUGACGAAAAGCAGUUCGCUUGGCUUGAGCUGGUGCAAACAUUCGGUCUUGCAGGACUUACAGGCCGAUUAGUUGAGCUUGUCCUCUCAGCAAGGUCUUCUCAUUACUGUAUUUUUAAGAUGGUUAGCCAGACCCACAGUCCUACUUUUACAUGCAAUUGUUCUUUUUUAUAUAUACCCGUUUCUUUAUCUUUUGGUUGUUUGGGUAGUUUCAUAUUCUUUUAUUUUUGGUUCUUUCGUUGACAGUGCCUUGGCCUUUUUAUGAUAUUAGCCACCACUUUUUCAUCUUUUUCAACAUCUUUGUAAACUGGUAUAAAAUUGUGCACCCUAAGGCAGUCUGUCUGCUGUGUGAGCCCAUGAGUUUGUUUUGUAAGCCGUAAAAUGAAACAAUACAUUGUUUUUAUGGAUUUCAAUA